AUGGUGAAAGCGAAGGAUUUAGGCAUUUUGAAAAAGCAUUCAGCAGAUCAUCCAUUGCUCAAGCGCUUUGCCGACUACCUAAAGAAUGAUUACGAAAAUGCAAAGUACCAACAGGAGGUUGACACUGUUUCCCGGUACCUGUAUUUUGCUGAUCCUACGGAACCAUCUUUGAAGUUUGUCAAUGACAGAGAGAAGCUCAGAGACUUCCUGGGUCAACAGGCUAAGGCAGGGUAUAAGGCACAAACAUCAGGAAAUUACAUCAAGUGCUUGAAAAGGUUCUUGGAGUUCCACUUGACAAGGACCGGCUUGAGACAGGAUGACAGGGAGCUCUACAAGCAGUGCACGUUAUAUUUGAGUUUUUUAACUUCUUCACAGAGUGUCCUCUCUAAGCAAGCGAGCAAAGAAAUUGUGCAAAAGAGGCAUGCCUUGUUGUUUGACAAAAGUCAACCCACACCUCGUGAAUGCUUGGCUGUUCUUGAUAAAGGUGAAGGUGACUUAGUGAAAAUCAUGAAUCAACUUGAUGACAGUUCUUCUUCCUCCCUGAGUAGGACUGAGUGCAUAUUUGUGCUAUACUAUCUUGAGGCAAUUGUCAUACUAAGACACUGCCAACGGCCAUGUGUGGUGCAGAGCAUGAAGGUCAAGGAAUGGCUUGAACGGAAACACGCAGAUGAUGAUUCAAUCGUUUUUGUAAAGGACCACAAGACGGCUGCACAUUUUGUGGUCUCAAUUGUCCUGUCCAAGAAGGAGGAGGCGUGGUUUGAGAAAUAUUACAACAAAGUGCGGCCACAGCUCCUUGCUGGCGAAAGGAAACGUAAGCGAGAUGAGCAGGAUGAGAAGGAUGGAGAUGAUUUUUUCUUUGUGUCCUCCCGCGGUAAGCCAAUUUACAAUGCAGCUGGUGAUCUGAUAAAGCUCCAGCAAAAGUGCAACGUCCCCCAGGUGAGCAGCCAGGUUGUACGGAGGGUAUUUGAGACAGCAGCUAACCGCCUGGAUGACCCUCAGAAGAAAGCAGUUUCUGACUACCUGGGAUGAGGACUCCAAAAUCGUACCAUGACCCGUUUGGUGAGAUGUUUCAUAUGUUUUUUAGUGGAACAAUUCUUGGCAUGUAUGGAUAAACUUUCUGAAUAUGAUGCGUGGCCUUUGACCUUUGGGGGGUGGUGGGGCGGCGGGUGACUCCUAAAGCUUACAGGGCAUCUGCCUUCAGAGACACAUAUGACAUGUCCCUGUUUGGUGAAAUGUUUCAUCUGUGUGUUUGUUUGUGCUGAUGGCUCUUUAAAGGAUAGGGAUGAGGACUCCAAAAGCGUGAAAUGACCCAUUUUGGUGAAAUGUUUCAUAUGUGUUUUUUAGUGCUGAUUUUUGUUUUUGUUGUGUAGCUGUUUUGCAACUUGUUCUAGCUUGUGUAACUUAAAUUGAGGUUCUGUGGUGAUAUCCUGUUUCUUAUCUUUAGAGAUAUAUCAAUUAAAAAUCUUAUUCAUUCUAGAGGACUGCUGAGGUUUCUCUCAUUUUGGUAAACUUCAACACACUUGCAGACUUUUUCCAAGAUUGGCUUUUUUUCCAAAGACAGAGAUACACUUUCAAGAUAUUUUAUUAACAUUUGCACUUCACAUUUUGAUUCAUCAUUUCAAUCACACAUUCCCCAAGGUCUGGAAAAUAAAUAAUUGUGUCUGUACAUAAAUGGAUGCAUUUCAUUCACACACAGAGCAACUGUGGAACUGCAAUGCAUUUUUGGAUAAUUUCUUCAAGUGAAACCAGUUUGACUGGUCCUUCCACAAAAGAUGUGAAACCAAUUUGAAUGGCCCAUUUACAAUUUCUGAAGCAGCACAUGACUAAAGGGGUGGGGCUUAGUGUAUUCUCCAACCGCACCACUCAGUCCGAUUAGGGCACCCGUUUCGGCCUCAGACGCGACGUUGUCCCGCUGCU